AUGAGUGUUGGACUAGCACCAUUUUCUGUGAUUCGCUAUGAAAAUAAUUGGCCAUCGUGCAGAAAGAAUAGCGGUUUUUCCCAAGCCUCUCCAACAUCUACUCUAAAAGCUGGUGCCCAAUUUUUGGGUUUUCCAUCUUCGCAGUGGAUUGAUGCUCCGUCUUCUGCCGACUCUGUGUGUCCUAUUUUUGUAGCUAAAGCACUCUUCCAUUACACUUUAUGUAAUGUGAACCUUUGAUAACCUUGCUGUUGGUCCUAAAUGACUUAUUAUUGUUUCCCAAGGUCCCUGAUGGUCCUGAAUGGCUCUUAAUGAUUUCUUAAGGUCCCCGAUCGUCUAACGACUUUUAAGGGUUCCCGUAAG